CGCAGCAGAGCCUGAAACACAGGAGACCGGCACACGCUAACGAUGGUCGAAGCUGCCGUUAUAGUGAUGUGCUGUGCUGCCCGCGGAAAGGGAGCAAUGGCGGCAACAGCAGCAGCAGUGGGUCAGUUGCGCAUUCUCCCCGACUCAUGCCGAUUGUUUUCCUUGCUUCGUCUCUCGCAGCGGAGGUUCGAAGCACGCGCAUGGCUCUCCCGCGCCGCGACGCCUCACCAUCCGCUCGCUGUACUCGUUCGCGCCUCUGCGCCGACCUCGGUGGAAUCCUCGAAUCUGAAGUUGAACGGGAAAACCAAGCCAAGCAUGGAUGUUCUAGCUUGUCCUAUAUGUUACAGCUGCUUUGAAAGAAAAGAAAAUGGUGAUUCAAAUGUGGUCUCUUCAUCAAGAGGUGGUGCUUAUUGCGUGAACUGCAGAAAAGCAUAUUCUGAUAAGGAGGCAUUCCUAGACUUGACUGUUAUUAAUGAUUCAAAUGAAUUCAGUGAAUCUCAACCGUUGUUCUCAGAGAUUUUCCAGAGCCGGCUCGUCUCAUUCCUUUAUGAAAGAGGAUGGCGUCAAAAUUUUGUAUGGGGUGGUUUUCCUGGCCCAAACAAAGAGUUUGAAAUGGCUAAGGAAUACUUGCAGCCAACUUUUGGAGGUGUAAUCAUUGAUGCUAGUUGUGCGAGUGGCUUAUUUUCCAGGCGUUUUGCUAAGAGCAGACUGUACUCUCUUGUGGUAGCUUUGGAUUAUUCAGAGAAUAUGUUACGCCAGUGCGAUGAAUUCAACAAGCAGGAGGGCAUUCUGGCUGAUGAGAGUUUUAUCCUUGUAAGAGCCGACAUAUCGAGACUUCCUUUUGUAACCAACACCAUAGAUGCCGUACAUGCUGGUGCUGCUUUGCAUUCCUGGCCCUCACCAUCUAUUGCAGUUGCUGAAAUCAGUCGUGUCUUAAGGCCUGGGGGUGUCUUUGUUGCAUCUACAUUUAUACUUGGCGAGUCUAUCCCACCACAAGCCAAUAGCCUGCUGCGCCAGAAUGUAGGACGAUUUUUCCAGUACUUCUCUUCUGAAAGAGAGUUGGAGGGUCUCUGCAGAGCAUGUGGUUUGGUUGGAUUUACAUGCCAGAGGAGAGGAACGUUUAUCAUGAUCUCUGCCACCAAGCCCCUCUAAGUCAACUGAAUUUUGCGGAGCCUAUCCGAUCAUGGCAUGUAAUCAUUUUGUUCGACAUAAUUCUACUGGCUGAAGUUUUCUGCACCUACAGCUUCAUCCGAUAUUGCAAAGCAAAAAAGCUUGAGUAUGAGAUAUAAUAUGUAUGAGCUUAUUUA